GCGCCUACAGUGGUGGAAUCGAACGUCCCCGAGCGCACACGGCGCACGAGUCUCUGGAAGGAAGAUAACGGUCUCUUUUUUUUUGCCCCCCUCUCCACUCAAACAGCAAGAACAAACCAAGCCUGAAUUUUUUUGGGGGGGUUUUACAGAGUCUUCUCAUCACAAGGAGGAGGGAAGCGAGGGAUUGGAGCCGCAAGUUUUUUUUUUUCUUUUUUCAUUUUUUUUUCUUCUUCUCCUUCUCCCCCCACCUCCCCUACCUAAAAAGAGGAUUCUGUGCGUCGCGGUGGUUUGUUCUCCGCUCUCGCCGCAAAGAUGAUGGUCGGAGAGGUCGAAGUGAAGGAGCGACCGAGGCCGAGUCCCGACUAUUUGAUGCAAUUAUUAAACGAGAAGAAGCUCAUGACCAGCUUGCCGAAUCUCUGCGGCAUCUUCACACACCUGGAAAGGCUUCUCGAUGAAGAGAUCAACAGAGUACGUAAAGACAUGUACAGCGACACAGUGAAUGGCCUUGUGGACAGACACCCUCUGGAGCUGCCGGAGCCUAUGGGACCCAUCGUCCACCUGCAGGAAAAACUGUUUGUGCCUGUCAAAGAGUACCCUGAUUAUAACUUUGUGGGGAGAAUCCUCGGCCCACGAGGACUCACAGCCAAACAGUUGGAAGCAGAGACGGGAUGCAAAAUCAUGGUGCGAGGCAAGAGCUCCAUGAGAGACAAGAAGAAGGAGGAGCAGAACAGAGGGAAGCCAAACUGGGAACACCUAAACGAAGACCUUCAUGUCCUGAUCACAGUUGAAGAUUCACAGGCCAGAGCUGAGAUCAAGAUGAGGAGAGCAGUGGAGGAGGUCAAGAAGCUCCUCGUACCUGCCGCGGAGGGAGAAGACAAUUUGAAGAAGAUGCAGCUGAUGGAGCUGGCGAUUCUCAAUGGGACAUACAGAGACAACAACAUCAAAACACCCACCCUUGCAUUUUCUCUUGCAGCAGCGGCAGCAGCCGCUCAAGGCCCCCGCCUCAUAGCGGCCCCCACGGGUCAGGUGUUGCCUCCCCAGGCACUCCGGCCCCCAACACCAGCUGGGGCCCCCAUCAUGAACCUCAUCCGGCCCACUCAGAUGGCUGCCAUGCUGCCCAAUGGCACCCCCACCCUGGUGCCUCCCACACCGGAUGGUGGGCUCAUCUACACCACCCCUUACGAGUACCCUUACGCCCUGGCACCCACCUCCCUGCUGGAGUACCCCAUCGAGCACAGUGGGGUUCUAGGUGCAAUGGCUACUAAAGUGAGACGGCAUGACACGCGGGUCCAUCCUUACCAAAGGAUUGUGACCGCUGACAGAGCCGCCACCGGCAACUAACACAUGACCUUCUGACCUCUGAACUCUUCACCCAAUGACGAGCCGCCCCAAGCCUGCCUGCUGAUCAGUUAACUGGUAAUUGCCUUUUGCUAGCCUCUCGGACGCAAGUGAGAGAGAGAGAGAGAGGCGCCUGCCCGUACAGUUACCCUAACACGUUCUGACAAACAAAAAUAGAAACCAACGCAGAAUCUUCACAGAAACACAACAAACCCAACAACAAAGUUGUGUAAUAUUCAUUUUUUCCCUCUGUUCAUUGAGUUCAAUUCCCAUUCUUUCUCUUUCUUUUUCUUCAUGAAUCAUACACUGGGUGGAUGUGUUUGUGAUAUUACUCAUAAAUCUGCACUGAAUUAUAUAGCAAUAAAGACCCCCACCCCGACCCGCCCACCCACCCUCCUGUAAUCGCUCUAAUUUGGUGACCUCACUUGUAUGAAUCAAAAGUUCAAUAUCUAUUUGACGCAAACCAUUUGGUUUCAGAAUAAUGACAUAAUCCCCCGCCCCCUCAAAUAUAAGAGCCCACCCGCUCCCCAUCCUGCUCCAACCCACCCACCUACCGGGAGAGAAAAAGAAAUAGAAGGAAAGAGAACAUACACUCACAUUAACUUGUUUAAUUUCUGUCAUUAUUCACAUGUAGUGCAGUUUGUUGAGUUCUAAGAUGUAAUUAUGAGCUGACACAUUCUGGGUGUGCACCUCCAAACAGCUUUUCUGUCUGUUUUUUAAAAAGCAUGGCUGAAAUGAUUGCAAAAAGAGCUUUUUAUGAUUUAUGUGUUUUUUCUUCUGUCUUGUUGGUUUUUUUUGUUUUGUUUUUUUGUUUUUCCUUUUACGUUUGAGUCAUUUUCUCCACUUGGUUUUGGUUUCUCUGUUUAUAUUUGACUAAUUAGGGUUUCUUAAGUUUAUCCAAAAUAAGGCAGGUGGUUAUCUCUGGAAAACAAAACACAAUGUGAUGUUUGAUGCAGGCUGCAGAGAGAUAGGAAAAAAAGAAGGAAAGACAUGAUGAAAGGCAAGAUGGGAAGGUUACUAUUUGGGAUGAUGGGUUUCUGUGUGUGUGUGCGUGUUUUUAAUUAAUACUACAAUGAAAGUAGGGUGUGCUGAGGCUUCGGGGACAUUGGCACAGUGCUUAUUAGCGACUGACCAUUGCUACGCCCCCCAUCCACACUACAUCCAUUAUCCAGUGCCUGAUGUAUUUAGAGAAAUAUCUCGAUGAGCUAGCUGAGCUGUGAUCAAAAAGACAAAAAAAAAAAAGUAUUAAGUGUGCAUAUUUAGCCAAAGGGUUUUCCAAUGAAUUAUAUAUCUGCAAUUAUGCAUCUGUCUCAUAGAGGGCUCUCUUUGUGAUUUUUAGAGUUUGGAAAGGUGUGAAUUUGUGGUGCCUGCCUUCAGCUGGAUCGGACAGCAAGUCAGUUAGAUGAUUUUUUUUUUUUUUUUUUUCACCCAUUAGUAUUUUUUUUUUCUGAGGUGAAUACAGACAAUUAACACUAAAUCAAAAUCAAACACGCUACUCAAUGACAGUCCAUUGCUAGGGGGAAGGGCACUUUGAAGUUCUGUACAUAAAUGCUUUUAUCAUGAUGCCUGGCUUCCAUAUUGAGUUGUCUCAUCAGCCACAUUGCCAAAAGAGUGUUUAUUUGUUUAGUUUUGCAUCUCAACAUUUGGCUUUUUUUUUCCCUUUCGUUUAAGUCUCUAUUUUUUAUUUUUAAACCCCAGAUAAAUUUAAGUUGUGACAUCAGGCGGAUAUAAUCUGAGCCUUAGCAAAAGCUUUUUUUUUUCUUUUUUUUUUUAAUGAUGAAACGUUUAUUUUGAACACAUGACUAACCAUCCAAAAGCGCAUCCACAAUGUGUCACACCUCCCCGUGAUCGUAGUCAAGCUCCUGAGCCCACAAUCUUUUGUUCAACUCUCUCAAGAAAAAAUAGGAUGUGAAAGCCAUGCCUGCCUGUUCAAAUUGCUUUAUACAUACGUCUUAUAUAUAUAUAAAUAUAUAUAUAAAUAUAUAAAAAUGUAGAUAUCUGUCAUUGCAUAUACAAAUACAGAAGAGAACAAAACAUAGAUAAUUUUACAGGGUGCUGGAGAAGAGAAAAAAAUUGAAAAAUCUAUUUUUGGCAAUUUUAGCUUUUGAUACUUUACUUGCAGUUACAAAAUCAGAAAAAUAAACUAAAAAAAAGUUAAACAGUAUUGGGGGGGCGGUGAGGGGACAGAAAAAAUCUGAGUGGGUGAGGAAAAAAGUGCUGUUACCUUUUUUUGGAUAUGAUUGGGAAAAAGGAAGACGAAGACCAAAACAGUCGUAAACCCUUGAAAAAGCUAGCGAGGAUCAGAAACGAGACAGACGCCUAGAGAGUUUUUCAAAGGAUCAAAUCAAAGUGCCUUAUCAACAGUGGUUUCUGUUUUCUGAGUAUUCCAGUUGUGUUCAAUAAUAUCCAGCACCCACCAAGAUGGCGCAGAGAGGAAUGGCUAGUGUUACAUGCUCUGAAUAGUCGAGCAGGGUAGCUCCCACCAUAUCGUGGUGUUACCGAAGUUAUUCUAUGCAAAAAGAAUAGCAGUCGUUUUGACCAGCUAAAAUAUGUGCCAUGGUUUUGUCUUCCUGAAAUUUAUUUUCUUCUUUUUUCCUUGACUUGAUGGCCCUUUACUCUGCUGUAUGUGCAGGUUUUGUUCUCUUUUUAUUUUAGAUUUUAAUGAUCAUAUGAAAUAUUGUCUUGAUUUAUAUAUAUAUAUUUUUUUUUGGUGACUGUGACUUAACUUCCUCGAACAAAUUGAACUGCCAAUAGCAAAUGCAGUAGUCUGCCUGCCAGAACAUGUUUUGAUCAUGAGCUGAGAAAAAUACAUAACAUGCAAGGGAGUGGAUACGAGACAAGAGAAAGGGGGGGGGGAGUCGUCCCCGUCGGCGCUUGUUUCAACAGCUGCAAACUUGAAAGAAAAAACACAAAAAGCAUCCAGUCCAAGUCUCCCGAUGUCAAAUUGACAACAAACUAUCAAUACAAUCACGAGAUUUAUAAUGGACAAGAUGGGAUGCUGUAUAAUGAAACAAGCAACUCUAUUUCACAGCCAAAUAGUUUCCAGUUAUUGAAACAGCUGACAGUUUGUUGCUGGAAGGUGAAAUCAACUCAUAAUAUUAAAUCGAGGAGUUCUCAGAUCCAGAUAUUACCCUUGGCAGUUUGUUUCUCUAUUCAUAGCUCUUUCAUCAUGCUGUUACACCGAAAGGUCAAUGAAUCUUUUAUUUUUCUUUCCUUUUUUCAGUGUUAUUAUUUUAAAUUGAAAUGCAAUAUUAAAGUGGAGCAAGAGAUGGCUAUUCAGCAUUUGACAGUAUUAAGAAAAAAAAAAGUUCCCCUCUGCAAUGUUACAACUUUGCUGUGUCAUUGUGAAAGGCUGGAUAAAGUCCAUCAGGUGAAAGGCUAACUCUAUACCUACCGUAUUCUCUCUGGCCUGCCUACUACAUGUAUGAUAAUGUAAUUAACAGCAGCCAUUGUUACAGGUUUAUAAUGUAUUUUUCUAAUCUCAUUUUAUAUGUAUAUUAAUCAUGUUUCUGAGUGCUUUUUUUUAAUGAAACCCACUGCAACUCCCCCUCUCCCCUCCUUCUCUUUUACAUCUUGAAAACUGUCUCUUGUGGGGAGUGUUGCCUUUUUUUCCCUGUUAUAUUUUGUUUUUCUUGCCAAUUCCCAGCUUGUUUAACUCAUUAGCUUACUUUAUUAGUUUUUUCUUGUCAUAAGUAUUUUUACAUGCUUGCAUUUAGUUUUCAUGGUGUAUGCUGUUAUUUUUCUUAUUAACCUCUUGGCAUUUAUUUUAAUAAAACAUUCUUAGUAAGAAUUUUA